AUGGAGGACAUCCGACCGACCGCGAAAUGGGCAAACCGCAUGCUGCGUCCUCUAGCCUCCAUCUACCACCGACUCGAAAAACACCAGGAGAUCCUCUCAUCGAUCGCACAUUCGAAGCGGAAAGAACGGGCCGAAAGCGCGGACACGGAGCGCACGAAGGCCGCACGAGUCGCGGGCGCCGCGGAGAGUUGCCCUGAUUCGGACGAGGAGCCGGAUGACCCGGCCUGGGUGCCUGGACGGCCGGAGAAGCGCCGCAUCAGACAUAACUAUUCGAGUCGGGGGCAGCGGAAUGGUGGACGUCGGCGCAGUAGGCUGUUGAUACGCAGUCCCGAGGUGCAGAGGACGUUGCCUGGUGCGAUUGAGAUCGCGACGCCUUUGAUCACUGGGAAGAUGCGGCUGAUGGGGACUGGAUUUUCGACUCGGAAACAGCUGUUUGGGGUGGAAGGCUGUGUGGAGAGUUCGGUGGAUGGCCAGGCGCAGGGGUCGAGUGGUGGUGGUGGUGGUGGUCUUGGUCGGAAACCGACGCGCACGAACAACAGCAGUUUCCCGGCCUACCAGGGUUCUUGGAAGGAGGUUUUGGACUUAUCCGGGGAUACUGGGAUGGUGGAUAUUGCGCACUUGUUGGAUCGGAUAUUUUUGAAGUUUUUGCAUAAUACCCGGGUCAAUGUCGCCGGUCCACAACAGCAGCAGGGGCGCGGCGCUCGGUCUUUGGUAUCGAUGAUUGCGCGUCGUCUGCCUGAGUUCAUUGCGGGUGAGCAGGAUCUUCAGGAUGAGGAGGACGAAAAUGACGGAGUGGAUAUGUGCGACGCAUAUUUUACCGAGCUGGAGGCCUAUUACGCUCCCCUGGGCAAUGGCUGGGAGCCUCUUCGGGAAGCUGUCCGUUCCCAAGGCAUCAAUUUGGUCGCGCAGAUGAUGGAGAAGAAUUGGAUUACUAGGCUUGCGGCCUGCCGACUGAUGGAGGAGUGCAUUCGGCACAGCGAAUUCGACGCCUUUAAAUUGAUGAUAUCAAGGUAUCUGUCAAGUAUGGAUUCCUACGACUAUCCAACUGCAUUUGAUCCACAGAGGCCGUCAAACCAUUGCGACGACCCUAUCUACAUAUUACGAACAUAUUACUCGUGGUCUAAUGAUUGCCGGGCCUUUGUGUAUGAUGAAUUGGCAAAGCUUCUUCUGCGCAGCGUCUUGCCAUCCGAAUGGAUGGUGACUACGUGGUGGAAAAAGUGUGUGGACGGCGCAGUCAAAUCAGUGUCGACCAAGGACAGUGACUCGGCUGCAGCAAAUCGCUUGAUUGAAGCUAUUAUUCUCUCAGCCGGAGGGGUUUACUCGUCUGUGGAAGCAACAGUUCCACAGAGAAACAGCUCAAGCCAGCAGCUCUCUUCACGUACAAGAGGCACUCGGACGUCUGCCGCUGCGAAUACCCUCCCUAUCGACCACACACCAUGUCCUGUAACAGUCCAAGAUGCUUUAAGCAAUCUCAUCUCAAGCCUCAUUACUGCGCUGUGUGGUAUGUACAUGGCGCGGUCAACUGCCACUGAUGUAUCCGAGAAACUACUUGGUUUAAAGGUGGGGAACACACUCAGCUGCUUGGCCUUGACGUUGGAAAGGGAUAUCGGUUUGAGCCAUCAACAGGACCAAAGGGACUUACCGCCCCACCACUCAUUACGCCGCGGGUAUGUCUUGCUGGGCAACUGUAUGGUGCAAAUAGGCGAAGGCAUGCCCUCUAGCACCGGCGCACCCUCGGAUGUCAUCUCGAAGCAGCGCCUCGAAGCUUUUCUCGUGUCCAUUGUUCUACAGCAGGAUAUGCUCAAAGAGAUGGCGGAUCUCGUCCAGCGAGUGUGUCGUUAUUGCGGAUAUUCUACCUUAACCGAACACACUCGGACGCCCCUGGAGAUACGCCGCAAAGUCACACAACUGGCCCAACAAGCAGGUGUCCGUGGGCAGUCGUUUUUUCUUGGGAAAAUCGCAGCCGAGACGGCAAUGGCGCUCGCAGAGAAAACAUUGGAUCCGGAUGACCAUAUCUGGGCUGCUCAGGUCCAGGAAAGCGUUGUUUCAGCGCAACAGGGGUAUGGCACCAGGCCAGAUCUAUCGUCCGAAUCUGAUCGAGAUGCUCGUCCGGGAAUGUUCCGUUGGGAGGAAAGCAUUGGAGAGUGGGUUGCAAGUACACCUAAAACUAGGCCCGGACAGAUGGAUGAAGCUUCGAACCAGGGGAGUUCUGAGUCUAGACACUCCUCGCCUGAUUCACCAUCAACGCAGAGUGUCUCAUCGUCCUCGACUCCGUCAGUGCACAGUGCUUCAAGCGCCACAUCGUCUGCCCCGUCUGUACCAGCCAAGAGGGCGUUCGCAGGCAAUAGAUUGGCGUUCCGGCCCAUGAAAAGGCUGCGAUCACGAACUGUGGAGACCUACAUGGAUGAGGCAAAUGAUCAAACUUUUAAUGCGGGGCACCGACUUUCAUUUCUGUCAUCACGACCUUGCCCGCUACCUGAAGCUCAAUUUGUGCCAGUAGCCGCCCGCACGAGGAGCGCGCGUGGUGUGCUGGGGGAGUUGGUACAUGCUCGAAACGUCCCCAAUCGGGCGGUCGUCACGGGAAUCAAACCGGCCACCUCUUCUCCCAAGUUGGAGGUCGUCAUUGUUAACAGAAAGGACGAUCUCCUUCUACUGGACGAGCCGACCGAGACGAAUUCUGAUUGCGAUCUUGAAAUCUGUGAUCCAUCUUCCCAGGAAGCAUGCCCUACCACAAUCUCAAAGGUGCACAAUCUCCGACAGCGGUCAUUUCGGCGCACGAGAUCAUUUUCACGGAUGCAGAGGACCAUUUCUUGCUCCCAGGAUGACGAAAGUGAAGACGAGCUAAGCUUUCUUUGA